AUGGCGUCGAACGGCAUCGACGGCGCUGAAGCCCAAUGGCGAGCUCAAUUCGAGGCCAUGAAGGCUGCUCUUUCUAGCCUUAACCUCUCUGCCGACACGAAGCCCACAGAGUUAGAUUUUGACGACGACUACGAAGGCUAUUCUUCCGGAAAUGCCGCUCAGGAUGUGUGGGACUUCAUUUCUGACGACGAUGACGACUACAGCAGCGAUCAGCUGGACGGUCCCGACGGUUUCGCCCAGGCAGAAGAGUUCGGCGCCGACUGGUUCGUCGGUAAAUGCUCCGAGGUUGCGGCAAAGAAUGGCCUUUCCAGUGACGCCUUCCAAAACCAGGUCCUCGGAGUAUUGACCCUCGACAGAGGUGAGGAUGAGGUUCAGUCACAGCUCACCGAUCUCGUCGGUUUCGACGACCUUGAAUUCAUCAUCGAGCUCCUCGCUCACCGCAGCAGUAUCGUCACUGCCGUCACGUCCCAGGGCACCCAGGAGGGCUCUGGCGGGCGGAGACUCCUGUCCAAGGCGGAGCGGGAUGAAGCUCUUCGCAGGAAAGACUACGAACACAAGACGGCUGUACUCGCCCCUCAUGUCAACCGAGAGAACGAGUACCCGCACGUGUACAAGGCACACUCCGCGAAUAACAGCCUGAGCCACUCGGGCCGCAAGUACGCGUUGCCUGAGGGUAGCAAGAGGGAUAUCUUCGAAAAGUAUGAGGAGUACUCGAUUCCUGCCGGAAAGAAGGGCACGCUGGGUCCUGGACGAAAACUCGUCAACAUUGCCGACAUGGACGGCCUUUGCCGGGCCACCUUCAAGGGCUACAAGUCCCUCAACCGCAUGCAGAGUCUCGUGCAUCCUGUGGCGUACAAGACGAACGAGAACAUGCUCAUUUGUGCACCUACUGGUGCUGGUAAAACAGAUGCUGCUAUGCUCACCAUCCUGCAGACUAUCGGCCAUUAUUGCACACCUAACCCUAUCGAAACCCCGUCGGUCACUGACUUCGCCGUCAACUCGGCCGACUUCAAGAUUGUCUACGUCGCGCCCAUGAAAGCCCUGGCCGCCGAGAUUACCGACAAGCUGGGCAAGCGCCUGGCAUGGCUUGGCAUCAAGUGCCGCGAAUACACCGGUGACAUGCACUUGACUAAAUCCGAGAUUGUACAGACCCAGAUCAUCGUGACAACCCCUGAAAAAUGGGACGUUGUUACGCGUAAGGGCACGGGCGACACUGAGCUGGUGCAGAAGGUGAGGCUUCUCAUCAUUGAUGAGGUCCACAUGUUACACGAUGAGCGUGGUGCCGUUCUCGAAUCCCUUGUCGCCCGAACGGAGCGUCAGGUCGAGAGCACCCAAUCUCUCAUCCGCAUUGUUGGUCUCAGUGCCACGCUGCCCAAUUACAUCGACGUCGCCGACUUCCUCAAGGUCAACCGCUACAUGGGUUUGUUCUAUUUCGACGCGUCAUUUCGCCCCGUUCCGCUUGAGCAGCACUUCAUCGGUGUGAAGGGCAAGGCUGGGUCGAAACAAUCCAAAGAGAACCUCGACAACGUGGCCUUCGACAAGGUCAAGGAGAUGCUGGAGCAGGGACACCAGAUCAUGGUGUUCGUACAUUCCCGCCGAGAUACAUACAUGUCGGCCAAAAUGCUGCACGAGAAGGCGGUUGACCAGUUCUGCCUGGACCUUUUUGACCCUAGUGGCCAUCCGAAGUACGAAAACGCCGUCCGCGAUAUGAAAUCGUCCAAGGCAAAGGACCUUCGCGAACUCAUCCCCAAAGGUCUGGGUAUUCAUCACGCCGGUAUGGCCCGAUCCGACAGGAACUUGAUGGAGCGCCUCUUCGGAGAGGGUGUCAUCAAGGUCCUUUGCUGUACGGCCACUUUGGCUUGGGGUGUCAACUUGCCAGCCGCAGCUGUCAUUAUCAAGGGAACCCAGGUGUACAGCGCCCAGGACGGCAAGUUUGUCGACCUGGGAAUUCUCGACGUCCUACAAAUCUUUGGUCGUGCUGGUCGACCUCAGUUUGAGGACACUGGUAUUGGCAUGAUCUGCACGACGCUCGAUCGCCUCCCGCACUACCUUACAGCUGUCACGGAACAGCAGCCCAUCGAAUCCAAGUUUUCGUCAAAACUUGUGGACAACUUGAACGCCGAAAUUUCCCUGGGUACCGUCACGUCGAUUCCCGAGGCCGUUCAGUGGAUUGGCUAUUCCUAUCUUUUUGUCAGAAUGCAGCGGAGCCCCAUGACCUACGGUAUCGAAUGGGCGGAAAUUAGGGACGACCCGACUCUCGUCCAGCGACGUCGAAAGUUGGCGAUCCAGGCGGCGAAAACACUCCAACAGAGUCAGAUGAUCAUAUUCAACGAGGUGACGGAGGAGCUGCGCAGCAAGGACAUUGGACGCAUUGCCAGCCAAUUCUAUAUCCUCCACACCAGCGUGCAAAUCUUCAACACCAUGAUGCAGCCGCAUGCGACGGAGGCGGAUGUUCUGAAAAUGAUGAGCAUGAGCGGCGAGUUCGAUAACAUUCAGUCCAGAGACAGCGAAGCGAAGGAGCUGUCAUACCUCAAGGACAACGUAGUGCCUUGUGCGGUCGGUGAGGGUAUCGACACGCCCCAGGCCAAGACAAAUAUUCUUCUACAAGCGUAUAUCUCGCGGGCGCAGAUGGAAGACUUUGCGCUUGGCAAUGAUCUCAACUACGUGGCGCAACAGUCUGGACGUAUCUGCAGAGCGCUGUUCAUGAUCGCGCUCAACAGGAGAUGGGGACACCAGUGUCUGGUGCUUCUUACUCUAGCAAAGUCUAUUGAGAGGCGUAUCUGGCCAUUCCAGCAUCCCCUUCAUCAGUUCGACUUGGCCAAGUCGGUUCUAAACCAGCUUGACGCCAAGGCAAAUCUCACAAUCGAGGCCAUGCGAGACAUGGAUCCAGCGGAGAUUGGUGGUCUUGUUCACAACCAGGCUGCUGGUAAGAACAUCUCACGGAUACUGAGCAACUUCCCUACGGUUAGCAUUGAGGCAGAGAUUGCUCCCUUGAACCGCGAUGUGUUGCGGAUUAGGCUGUUCAUCACACCUGACUUCCGAUGGAAUGACCAUGUCAAUGGCACCUCCGAAUCGUACUACAUCUGGGUCGAGAACUCGGAAACAUCCGAGAUUUACCAUCACGAAUUCUUCAUUCUGAGUCGCAGGAAGCUCAACGACGACCACGAACUCAACUUCACCAUUCCCCUGUCCGAUCCUCUCCCCACGCAGAUCUAUGUUCGGGCCGUGUCCGACCGGUGGCUCGGUGCUGAGACGGUGACACCAGUCUCAUUCCAACACCUGAUCCGUCCUGACACUGAGAGCUUCUAUACCGAUCUGCUGAAUCUACAGCCGCUCUCUAUCUCGGCGCUGAAGAAUCCUGCCCUGGAGGAGAUUUAUGCGCAACGAUUCCAAUACUUCAACCCCAUGCAGACGCAAAUCUUCCACACGCUUUACAACACCCCCGCCAACGUCCUUCUCGGGUCCCCCACGGGCAGUGGCAAAACAGUGGCAGCCGAGCUCGCGAUGUGGUGGGCUUUCAAGGAGCGUCCUGGAUCCAAGGUCGUUUAUAUCGCGCCAAUGAAGGCACUUGUUCGUGAACGAGUCAAGGAUUGGGGCGCCCGGCUGGCGAAGCCUCUCGGGUUGAAGCUCGUCGAACUGACUGGUGACAACACUCCCGACACUCGCACCAUCAAGGACGCCGAUGUGAUUAUUACCACGCCCGAAAAGUGGGAUGGUAUCUCUCGUAGCUGGCAGACCCGUGGCUACGUCCGACAGGUCAGCUUGGUCAUCAUUGACGAGAUUCACCUUCUCGCGGGUGAUCGAGGUCCGAUUCUGGAAAUUAUCGUUUCCCGAAUGAACUACAUUGCAGCUUCUACCAAGAACUCUGUCCGCCUACUGGGCAUGUCGACAGCUUGCGCGAACGCUUCUGACCUGGGCAACUGGCUCGGCGUCAAGGAGGGCCUGUUCAACUUUCGACACUCUGUGCGCCCUGUUCCCUUGGAGCUAUACAUUGACGGGUUCCCUGAGGUGCGGGGCUUCUGUCCGUUGAUGCAGUCGAUGAAUAGACCGACGUUUCUCGCUGUUAAGACUCACAGUCCUGACAAGCCUGUCAUUGUCUUCGUGCCAUCCCGAAGACAGACGCGCCUUACGGCCAAGGAUCUCAUCAAUCUGUGUGGUAUGGAGGACAACCCUCGGCGGUUCCUCCACAUGGACGAAGAAGACCUGCAGUUGAAUCUUACGAGGGUCAAGGACGAGGCUCUCAAGGAGGCCAUCAGCUUCGGUAUUGGCCUCCAUCAUGCUGGUCUGGUCGAGUCGGACCGACAGCUCGCCGAAGAGCUGUUCCUCAACAAUAAGAUCCAGAUUCUCGUGGCGACGAGCACCCUCGCUUGGGGUGUCAAUCUGCCAGCGCACCUGGUUGUCGUCAAAGGCACGCAGUUCUAUGACGCCAAGAUCGAGGGAUACAAGGACAUGGACCUUACGGAUGUAUUGCAGAUGCUGGGACGCGCAGGACGUCCACAGUUCGACAAUUCGGGCGUAGCUCGCAUCUUCACGCAAAACGCCAAGAAGGACUUUUACAAGCACUUCCUUCAUACUGGCUUUCCUGUCGAGUCGUCACUUCACACGGUGUUGGACAACCAUUUGGGUGCCGAAGUUUCGGCCGAGACCAUUGUCACCAAGCAGGAUGCGCUUGACUACCUCACAUGGACCUUCUUCUUCCGUCGACUACACAAGAACCCAUCAUUCUACGGGCUGGAGAUUUCGGCCGAAGAUCAUAAUAGCACGGCGGCGCAACGUCUGGCCAACGACUUUAUGAUUGAGAUGGUAGAGAAGUCGCUUGGCGAGCUCGCUAAGUCGAGCUGUGUCGAAGUGUACCCUAACGGCGACGUCGACUCAACACCACUCGGCAAGAUCAUGUCGUACUACUAUCUCUCCCAUCUGACGAUCAGGCUUCUCGCCAAGUACGCGGCGCCGAACGCAUCGUUCCUCGACGUGCUCUCGUGGAUGUCCCGCGCGACCGAGUACGACGAGCUCCCCGUGCGUCACAACGAGGACCUCAUCAACGCAGAACUCUCCCGAAAUCUGCCCCUUCCCGCGACGGCCUUCAACAUGCCCAUGUGGGACCCGCACGUCAAGUCCUUCCUGUUACUCCAGGCGCACUUUUCCCGCGUCAACCUGCCCAUCAGCGAUUACGUCGGCGAUCAAACAUCCGUUCUCGACCAGGCCAUCCGUAUCAUCCAGGCAUCGAUCGACGUGCUCGCCGAGCUGGGCUACCUGUCGAGCUGCCUGCAAAUGAUGGCUCUCCUCCAGUCCGUAAAGUCCGCCCGAUGGCCCACCGACCCCGCCGCCUCCAUCCUGCCCGGCGUCGAUGCCGAGUCGCCCGUCAUCAAGGAGGCCGACCGCAAGCUGCCUCUCGCGGCCAUCACGGCCCUUCCGCAGGCGAAGCUCUCGCAGCUCGCGGCGCGUCUCGGCGUCUCCAGCUCGCAGCAGCCACGCUUCCUCAAAGCCGCCGCUGCCCUGCCAAACGUCAAGGUCUCCAUCCCGGACAUAACAGCCCAGGGCGCCACCAUCGAGCUGCGCCGGCUCAACGCCAUCACCGAGCGCGAGGCGCGCAUCUACGCGCCCCGCUUCCCCAAGCCGCAGACGGAAGGCUGGUUCGUCGUCGUCGGCGACGUGGCCAAGGACGAGGUGCUCGCCGUCAAGAGGGUCGGCUGGGCGCCGCCGCGGGGCAAGAACGCCAGGCCCGGAGCGGCGGGCGUCGAGAUGGGCUCGAGGCCGACGGCCAAGGCGAGCAUCAAGCUGCCGGAGAGCGUGCAGGGGAGGAAGGUCGACGUGCUGGUGGUGAGCGACGCCUAUGUCGGAUUGGAGUAUCGGGUUCUCGGCGUCGAUGUGCCGGCGCCGCCGGUGGUGGAUGAUGAUGUUGACAAGGGGAAGAAGGCGGCUGCUGCUGCUGGGCCUGCUUAG